CAGAGUGGCACUCUGAUAAACCCGACAGAAGAAGAAUGAUAUUUUUGUUUUCAAGAAACGCGUGUGCACUGUGCAUUGAAUGAAAUGUGUUCACGGGAUUCGACAGUUUGUUUACCCAGUUUGUGUCUGCGUGAUAUUAGAGAAAGGAAUUGUGAACGCGGUAGCAUGAGAGACAAGUAGUACAAACGUGUCCAAACUACAUUUACCAGUGUCCACUGCCCCAUACACAAAAUACCCGACUCACUUCCUGUGUUUUCCUGUCGUAAUUUAUCGACAUGGAAAAUCGCUGUUACGCCUGUGCUUCAAAAUUUACUCUCUUCAGAAAAGAGUUGGGCUGUAAAAACUGCGGACGGGCCUUUUGCUCUGGCUGCCUCACCUUCAAUGCACUGGUGCCACGCUGCAACAACACUCAGCAGAAGGUCUGCAAGCAAUGUCAUGGCAAUCUUACAAGUGGUUUGCCCAAGAAUAACGAUGGCAGGUGGUCACCACCUGAAAACUACAAAAAGAGGGUGGCUGCACUGGAAUCAAAGCAAGCACAGCAGCCUCACCGCCAAUCCGGCCAUGGGAAGAUUGGAAACCCUCCAGCAGGAUGCAUCCCUACCAAAGGCCUGAGCAAAGAGGACCAGGCGCUGGUGGAGAGGCUGGAAAAGCUGAAAGAGGACACAAAACCAAAGUCGAUCCCAUCCGAGCGUGAGAUUGCUGCACGGCUGGAGAUACUGAAGGCCCCGACUAAGCCAGUGCCUUCCUCUGAGGAGAUGCAGAACCGUCUAGCUGCUCUGCAGGACAAACCGCCUCCAUCUCAUGCACCACCGCCAGUGCACCAGCCUCCCAACAGCCGCACACAGACGGAGCAGGCCAACGACCUCAUGCAGCGCAUGUCAGAGGAAGUGGCCAUCGACGGUCACGGUCAACAGCCAGCCGAUGAGGGCACGUCAAGUGGGUACCUGCACGAUUUCAGCAGUCCGUCGGAUGAGCAGUUAGACAAGAGUGAUGUGGACGAUGUACAGCAGGCCGCCCAGCAGCUGGAGGAGGAGAGGAGACGCGUGCUACAGGAGGCCAUGAUGGAGCUGGAGGCGGACAAGAGGAGGGAGCAACAGCAUCAGGAGAGUGUGCUGGACAUGGCCAAGAGGCUGGCACAGCUCAAGGGACAGGACCCCAACAAAGUCUCUUUGGACUUCAACCAACCGGACAGUGAUGAGGAGACGGAAGAGGAGGCCAUGCAGAGGGUCCUGAAGAUGAUGUCAGAGGAAGCAGCGUUAGAUGAGAUGAGUGGCUACAACAACAUCCCGCCUCGGAACACAGGGCCUCGAAACAACGAGGGGAAUAAGACCACUAAGAGCAAGGUUCUGGCGCAGGGUGGUGUUCAGUCCUGUAAGCCCAGGCCAGCUGCGACAGCGUCUGCUCUCCAGCGGUCCAACAGUGAUGAUGAUGAUGAUGAUGCAGAGGAGUUGCCAUGGUGCUGCAUCUGUAACCGGGAUGCCACUAUCCGUUGCCAUGGCUGCGAUGGAGACCUAUACUGCCGUCGCUGUUUCGGGGAAGGACAUGAUGAGUUUGACAUGAAAGACCACCGCACAUCCAGUUACUCUUCUACAAAAAAAGGCAAGAAGAAGUCCUGAGAGUAGAGUAACACGAUUACACGUUCUUAACACAUUGACUCCCACUAUGACAUUGGAAUUUAAUUUAUCCUCUAAACUCCUGGGGUCUGUUCGACAUUUUCUUUUAACAGUCAUAGAAUAUUUUGUGUUACACAUAAGGACUCAUAACAGGGCUUGUUUGAAAGGUUUACAUUGGUGAAAUCCAUAUCCUUGUUGGUAUCGUUGUUCCAAAGUUAAGCCAUGCUAAACAAGGGUUAAUUUAGCUAAAAAUAGCAGUUUAUUGAAAUUGAGAUGAACUGUUAUUUUGUGACAUAAUAUUAAUAAUAAUGAUAAUAAUAAUAAUAAUAAUAAUAAUUGCAUUUUAUUUAAAAGCGCCUUUCAAAACACUCAAGGACACUGUACAGAGAUGAGCAAUAAUACCAAGACAAACCACAAUAAAGGUCCAUUAAGUCAUAAAGAAUGAAACCAAUGAGUUUUGACAUAUGCACUGUUUGACUCUCUGAAGUUCAAGUUGAGAGUCUAAAUGUAUUUUCACACCCCAAGAAGAGGUCCAGUCGCUUCCAAGUAAACCAUUUGAAUGAAAAGACGCCUGGAUCAGCCCUAGUGUUGUUACAGCCACAUCUUCUGAAGUGCUAGCUACUAAUGGCUUCUGCCAGGCAUUUGCCAUUCUACAUACAAAAAAAGUAGAUGCACGCACCAUUAAGCUGCUUACUGAUGCUACUACAUGUUGCGCCAUUUUUCACUCCAAACCUCCAUUGUCACACUUAACUUUGAAAAUUUGAAAAUUGAUGACCGCAAAAACUCCCAUGUCCUUCUGUACGUCCAUCAGUAGCAAAACAUUGGCAAGACGGCCUGUUUUGAUUCCCUACCCUACGAGACUUGACGUGACGUGAUCUGGAAGUGCAUGAUUGGAUACUUCGUUCAGCUGUAAUAACACUAUUGCAUUGUGAUAAAAUGCCCAGGUGAAAUAUACAAAUCGUAACUUUGUAGUAGGAGUUUUGACUUUGUAGUUUUGUUCAUGAUCUAUGUCAGUUCUGUUCAUCAC